CUUUUUCACCAAGAUGGCGCCGAAAGCGAAGAACGGAGCUCCGGCCCCUCCUAAAGCCAAAGCCAAGGAAAAGGCUUUGAAGGCCAAGAAAGCAGUGCUGAAAGGUGUCCACAGCUACAAAAAGAAGAAGCUACGCACUUUACUCACCUUCCGGCGGCCCAAGACACUGCGGCUCCGGAGACAGCCUAAAUACCCUCGGAAGAGUGCCCCAAGGAGAAACAAGCUUGAUCACUAUGCUAUCAUCAAGUUCCCCCUGACCACUGAGUCAGCCAUGAAAAAGAUAGACGACAACAACACACUUGUGUUCAUUGUGGAUAUCAAGGCCAACAAGCAUCAGAUCAAACAGGCUGUGAAGAAGCUCUAUGACAUUGAUGUAGCUAAUUAG